ACUCCGGCUCGCCCGCGCCCCGCCGCACCCCUCCGGGUCCCCGCAGGUCCCCAGCUCCCGUUGGCGGCUCGCGCUCGGACCCCGCAGGUCUGCGGAUUCCGCCGCCUUCGGGCCUCGCGACGCGGGAGGAGCUGCCCGGGGCCCAGGGCUGUGGGGUGGGAGCCCCGCGGCGGGAGCGGCGCGCACUCUGCCGGUGGAGCGCGCGGGUCGCAGGGUCCGGCUGGAGCGCGUGGCCGCAAGUGCCAGUGGCCGCUGGGCAGCGGAGCACCUUGGACUUGCCCUCUCCAGAACUGGGGAAAAUCUGAGGAAACCAGGCAGGGACCUUGGAGACACGCCGCUUGCAUACUCAACUGCCUGGAAAUCCAGUCACCUUGGUACCUCGCUGCUUCCCAGACACUUUGGAGGGGCAGGAGCUGACAGCUGGCUGACAGAAACCUCACCCAGCGAGAGAAGAGACAAAACCCAAGUAUGAAGUUAGGACUAAUGUUUUCAGGGUAGACCUGCGAGCUGGUACCCACACUGCCAUCCUAACUUCUGCACCCCGCGUCUCAGGUAUCGAUUUUUGAUUUUUGAAGAUGGAUGAAGGCUCAGAAGUUUCAACAGAUGGAAAUUCCUUGAUCAAAGCAGUGCAUCAGAGCCGGCUUCGCCUCACUAGGCUUUUGCUAGAAGGUGGCGCCUACAUCAAUGAAAGCAACGACCGUGGGGAAACCCCUUUAAUGAUUGCUUGUAAGACCAAACAUGUCGACCAACAGAGCGUCGGCAGAGCCAAGAUGGUUAAAUAUCUUCUAGAGAACAGCGCUGACCCCAACAUCCAAGACAAAUCCGGGAAAAGUGCCCUGAUGCACGCCUGCUUGGAAAGAGCCGGCCCGGAGGUGGUCUCUUUGCUCCUCAAGAGUGGGGCAGAUCUCAGCUUGCAGGACCAUUCUGGCUACUCAGCUCUGGUUUAUGCUAUAAAUGCAGAAGACAGAGAUACCCUGAAAGUCCUCCUUAGUGCCUGCCAGGCAAAGGGGAAAGAGGUCAUUAUCAUCACCACGGCGAAGUCGCCCUCGGGGAGGCACACCACCCAGCAGUACCUAAACAUGCCUCCCGCAGACCUGGAUGGGAGCCAUCCGCCGGCCACGCCUUCGGAAAUUGAUAUCAAAACAGCCUCGUUGCCACUUUCAUAUUCUUCUGAGACGGACCUGACCCUUUUUGGCUUCAAGGACAAGGAGUUGUCUGGGGGCAGUGAUAAUACCUGGGACCCCGACUCUCCUCGGAGGAAACCUGUGAUGGCCACUAAUGGGCCCAAGCUCUCCCAGGCUCCAGCCUGGAUCAAGAGCACCCCAUCGUUAAAGCACCAGGCCAGAGUCGCCUCCUUGCAAGAGGAGCUCCAAGAUAUCACUCCAGAGGAAGAAAUAGCCUACAAAACCAACGCACUGGCACUCUCUAAGCGUUUCAUCACCAGGCACCAGAGCAUCGAUGUAAAAGACACCGCACACUUGCUCAGGGCCUUUGACCAGGUCAACUCAAGGAAAAUGUCACAUGAUGAAAUAAAUUACCAUGCCUUGUUUCCAGAAGGAAACCAGACAUGCGUGGAAAUUCCCCCUGACCAGGACCCAGACUCGAAUCAGAUUUUUGCCUCCACUCUAAAGAGUAUAGUUCAAAAGCGAAACUCGGGGGCCAAUCACUACAGCUCAGAUUCGCAGCUCGCUGAGGGUCUCACUCCUCCAAACUUAGAAGACGGCAAAGCUGCAAAGAAAAAGAUCUUCGCGCCGUCUCCUUCCUUGCUAUCAGGGUCCAAAGAAUUAGUGGAGACUGCCCCUCCAGGCCCUCUGAGCAGGAGGAAUCACGCGGUGUUGGAAAGGCGUGGCUCCGGAGCUUUCCCCAUAGAUCACAGUCUAGUGCAGAGCAGACCAGGGUUUCUGCCACCCUUGAAUGUGAAUCCUCACCCUCCCAUUACUGACAUUGGUGUCAACAACAAGAUCUGCGGCCUGCUUUCUUGUGGCCAAAAAGUGCUUAUGCCAACGGCCCCUAUUUACCCGAAAGAGUUUAAAACCAAAAAGAUGCUGUUAAGGAGACAGUCCCUGCAGACAGAACAAAUUAAGCAAUUAGUAAAUUUUUAAGAGACCAUUAGGAAACACAUUAUGUUCAAAUGUCUGUAUCAGAAAAACAUAGACUUAGAGAAGAAAUCUUAACUAUAUCCUUUUAAGUCUUAGCUAGUGCAUCGCAGCUAGGCAAAUCAAAAUAUAGUGUAUUUUGUAUUAGGUUCCGUGAGCAGAGCUUACUACACAGCUUCUGAGGGAAUUCUAACAAAAUGAAAUCUGUUUUCCUCAAAAUGUCCAAUAUUUAUCAACUUUCAUGUUCACCUUUUUUUUCAUCUUACCAAAACAUCACCAAAAAAGAAAGUUGCCUGUGUUAGAAACAAUUUCUAAAAUUUCAGACUGGCUUCAUGUUCUGUUAUGAAACAAUGCUCUCAAGUCAAUAAUUUCCUGGGCACUUGAUGUCAACAAGGUUGUAGCUUUUCUUUUCUUUUUUGUAAUUAAUUUAUUUAUUUCAUGUAUAUGAGUACACCGUAGCUGUCUUCAGACACACCAGAA